AUGCCUAAUACUCGAAAAUCAGAAAUGAGUGACGAUAAAAAGGAUAGAAGAGUAGGGCAACGCAAAAGAAGAAGCACACAGAAAGAUGAUAUCAUUUCAUGGGAUGAGUAUUUUAUGGGAGUCGCUUUUCUGUCGGCCAAAAGAAGCAAGUAUGACGUACGAACGGUUGGAACAUGCAUAGUAAACAGCGAAAAAAGAAUAGUAACCACUGGAUACAAUGGUUUUAUUGACCCGCAGAGAAAAGAGAGCAAGCGGAAAAAUGAUCCAAAAUUUUCAAAAAACAAAGAAGAGCAAAGUCUUUUUGUUUGUCAUGCCGAAAUGAAUGCUAUUAUAAAUAGACAUGGGACAAGUUUAAAAGACUGUAUCGUGUAUGUUACACUGUUUCCAUGUAAUGAAUGUGCCAAACUGCUCGCCCAAUCAAGGAUAAGUAAAGUGAUUUACUAUGCCAAUGACAAAGCUGAAACACCAAAAUACAAGGCAUCUGCAAAAAUACUAAAAUUUGCCGGAAUAAAAUUACAAUGUUACAAACGACUCAAACGUGAAGACAGAGCUCCCAUGCGGAAAAAGAUCAUGCUUGAUUUUGAAAAGAUUGCUUUUCAGAGGACCUGA